CUUACACAACAUUGUCAUUAUACUCAUGUUUUAAUUUUUUUUAAAAAAAAAUUAUUUUAGUAUUUUUAUACUUUUUUUAACUGGUGUUAAAGGGGAUUUUUUUAGACUCGGACUUCUUCUGGUCAGGACCGUUCCUCAUGCGAUGGCUCUCUCGUUAGCUCAAUCGACCUUCUUCAUCUCUACUAAGCCCUCAGCGUUCCUUUGCAGAAAUGGCGGAAUCCUUAAGCGAUGCAAUAUUCUCGCUCAUUUCUCUACAUCUUUGUCUUUAUCCUCCUACCCUGCCGCUGCUAUGCCUGCACAGAACAGAGCCGCCUUCCACCGCGAGAAGUGGAGGGCACCCGUUGCAUCAGCCCUUGAUCUUGGAGGCCUCAAGAUUUCCAGAGAUGAGAUAGUGAGAGAUGACCCGACAAACAACAUCCCAGAUACCAUAUUCUCAAAGCUGGGAAUGCAGCUCCAUAGGAGGAAUCAACAUCCACUUGGUAUCCUGAAAAAUGCAAUCUAUGAUUACUUUGACACUAAGCAUCUAAACAAAUUUGACAAGUUCGAUGAUUUGUGCCCUAUUGUUUCUAUUAAACAGAACUUUGAUGAUGUAUUGGUACCUGCCGAUCAUGUUAGCAGGAGUUACAAUGAUACAUAUUAUGUGGACUCUGAAACUGUUUUGAGGUGCCACACAAGUGCGCAUCAAGUGGAUUUAUUGAGUAAGGGUCAUACUCAUUUCCUUGUGACGGGAGAUGUUUAUCGCAGGGACUCCAUUGACUCAACUCAUUACCCAGUAUUCCACCAGAUGGAAGGGGUACGGGUCUUUUCUCCGAAGGAUUGGGAGGGAUCAUGCACUGACGCCACAUCUUAUGCUGCUGCCGAUCUAAAGAUAUGUCUUGAGGGUUUGGCACGACAUUUGUUCGGUGCUGUGGAAAUGCGGUGGGUGGACACAUAUUUCCCCUUUACCAAUCCAUCAUUUGAAUUGGAGAUAUAUUUUCAGGAGAAGUGGAUGGAAGUAUUGGGUUGUGGAGUAACAGAGCAAGAAAUACUGAAAAGAAGUGGGAGAAUGGAUGAUGUUGCUUGGGCUUUUGGACUUGGACUGGAACGAUUGGCAAUGGUUCUGUUCGAUAUUCCAGAUAUUCGUCUUUUCUGGUCUACUGAUGAGCGUUUUACUUCUCAAUUUUCAAGCUCCCAACUUGGUGUGAAGUUCAAGCCAUUUUCUAAGUAUCCUCCAUGUUACAAAGACAUGAGCUUCUGGAUUAGCGAUUCAUUCACCGAAAACAACCUUUGUGAAGUUGUUAGAGGAAUCGCCGGGGAUCUCGUGGAAGAGGUUCGACUUAUCGACAACUUCACGAAUAAGAAAGGAAUGACGAGUCACUGCUAUAGAAUUGCUUAUCGGUCCAUGGAGCGGUCACUCACUGAUGAGGAAAUAAAUGAAUUGCAGUGGAAAGUAAGAGAACAAGUGAAGAGCAAAUUGAAUGUUGUCUUAAGAUAAGUAUUUCUUCCAUGUUUUCCAUUUUUCCUUGUUGUGGAAGAAAGAGGUUUAGUAAUAACAUUACCUCAAUAAUUUUAUGAAUUUCUUUUUCUUCUAAAACCCUGUAGAUUGUAUAGCCAGCCAAUAUGCCCCCGUAUUUUAAUUUCAUUUUGUUUUGUGUAUUUCAAUUCUUCAAUUCCUUUUAAGCAGUUUCCAUCAACAUUAAUGUGAUUGUACGCCAAUACACCCACCUUUGGGAGUAUUGAACGAAAAUAUUAUUUCCUCCGUCCAAAAAUGAAUUACACUCUUCACU